AGAUGGUCUCUUCCCUUCUUCUAGCUUUGCUGCUAACAUGCUGCUCCUUUGAUUGCUUUUCUUCCCAGAGCAUGACAAACAACGGUAUUUGGGCAACUCCUCCGCCAGGGGAAGAUGAAGCAGAAGAGGAUUUGUUCCUGUCACAAGUUCCUGAGACAUCCACUGAUCUGGGGCUGGACUCCAAUGACCCUGAGGGCCCCGUCUCCGCGGCAGGAUCGGCCUCCACACACACGCCACCCCACUCCCACCAGGAUAUGACAGGCACCGGGCACACGUCCCCAGCACGGCCGGGAGCUGGGAGGACGCCAGGACCCUAUUCCCAGCCCGGCAACAGCAACCUGGUGAAUCUGUUCAACGAGUUCUUUAAACAGAGACCUACCAUCAUGGCCGUGCCAGGGCCCAGCCUCUUCACCCUACGCGACACCAGCCAGAAAGUUGUCCGCUACCACCACAACCGCCUCGUGGCCUCCCCCCAGACCGCCAACGCCCCCCCAGAGAAGAUCAGCGUGGUGCCCAACCAGUUCAUGGACCCCAGCCAUUUCCCCAUCAUUAUGGGCAUCAAUGGAGGGACUCGCUGUCUGUCCUGCGGCACUUCGGCCCAGCCCACCCUCAUGCUGGAGGUGAGCACCCAUCACUGGGGAGUCAGGCCUAGGGCAUUCUAA